AUGGCUUCGGUGCCGCCUUCUCGGUUGCAGGCACUCACGAAACUUCGAUGCAGCAUUUUCCAGACAACAUAUAACCCAGACAGCCUGCGAACGGGCGCGAAAUAUUUGCGGGCGCGUUUAAGAGGCCCUUCUCUGGUUGGCUACUACCCUGAACGCGUCAAUAUUUCACAAAUUGUUCGAUCAUACCGCAAUAGACUGGAAAUGGUGGAUGACGACGAGGAGGAGCGUUUGCAGGAUGUCAUAGAGAGACGCAGGAGAGGAAAGGGUGCACCGCCAAAGGCUAAGAAGGGUGCGUACUGUGAUAGACUCAAUUUGACUGUUAUUUGA